UAAAUUUGUUAGUCUCUAAGGUGCCACAAGUACUCCUUUUCUUUUUGCGAAUACAGACUAACACGGCUGCUACUCUGAAACCUGUGACUAUACUAUAACUGUAACUGACAGGCUUAUUCUGCUGUCUUCACUUCAGUGGCAGGACUCCCUCUGUCGCCGCUCGUUUCAGUUGCUACUGGUGCUGUGCUCCCAAUUGUCCAACCCUCCUCCGAUAGGUACCCUCCACAAACUCCUCAGCUGUCUGCUUUCUCUCACCAGUUGUCUUCUCCAUAGGUCUCUGCAUCUCCCUCCUUGACUGUCAGCUGCCUGCUGACACCCUGCCCUUUCUAUUGCCCUGUCAGAACUUUCUAAUCACUUCUGCUACUGUCCGAUGAAGUGAGCUGUAGCUCACGAAAGCUUAUGCUCAAAUAAAUUUGUUAAUCUCUAAGGUGCCACGAGUCCUCCUUUGCUUUUUGCGGAUACAGACUAACACGGCUGCUGAAACCUGUCCUGCAACCGUUAUUUACCUCACAGUGUGGUGAUCUGUCAGUCGUUGUUUACCACUUUCUUUUUCCCACCAACUUUACUUCUGGUAUGUGACCUUUAGCCUAUGUUUAAUGGUGGGGUUACCAGAGCUUAUCAGUGGAGUGACUCUUGCUUCUAUCAAAUGGAAACUAGGGACACAAAAAUGGAGUCUAGGGAAUUUCUCAGGUAUCACCAGGGACUAUACAUAGGGAAGGAAGAGCUGAGACGUGCUGAGCCCCGAUCCCCGGAGAGUACAGGGUAGGUAUGGUGCAGCUCCACAGACCUCCGCACGCCCCAUAGAAAGCCCUGGCACCCAGGCUGCAGCCCCCUCCCCGCUGCCACCCUGCCCAAAGCCAGGUUUGCAAGGCUGCAGCCAGGGAAGGCACAUUUCAGUGCCUCCUUCCCCAGUUGUUGUCUUGCAAACCUGCCUUCCACUUAUUGCCAGACAAUAGCAACUUUUUGCUGGAAGCCAAGGGGCUGCCAAUAAGCAAAAUCUACUGUAUUAUACGUGACUAUGACAGCAAGCCCUAGAGACUGCUGUGCUAAGGGGACACGUCUCCCUGUGACAUGUUUAGCACACACCUUUGUCUUUCCACUGGCAUGCUCUCCUUUGACAGCUUCUCAGUGUUAGGGUCUGAAAGCCAAAAUCAGCACGCACCCUGGGCAGAGCAAAAAAACAUCCAGUGGAUGAUGCACUCCUGGCAGAAAAUUGUUUCCCUGGGACGUGGCCAUCUGGUGCCAAGAGGCUGGAAUUUGCAUCCUCAAUGUACUGCUAAUAAAACACCAGCUACAACUCUGACGUUAGACUCACAGACUUUAAGGCCAGAAAGGACCAUGGUGAUCAUCUAGUCUGGCCUCCUGCCCAUCGCAGGCCACAGAGCCUCGCCUACCCUCUCCUGUAACAGACCCUGUAAUGUUGAGCUUCCUGUUUACAAUAAAUUCCUGCCGGCUUUUUCCUCCAGUUUUCAGUUUAAUGAAUCUUUUUUUCAAUCUGAUACUGACUCUGUCUGCACUCAUCCUGCCUGAGUCUGGCUCCAUAUGUUACGUUCUGCUUUAUCUAGCCUGAUUCAUUGGGGUUGGGUUUUUUUAAACACUUUGGGGGGAAAUCUUGAGAUUUUUUUUUCAUUAAUCUCUCUGUAAAGUGUCCUAGUAUGCAGGCACUUAAUUACUCACGUAAAGUCCUACUGAAAGCAGAGCUAGGCUAUGAACCCUUCUCUUCUGGACCAUGAGCUGAUUUCUCAGGCCCAGCUGCUUGGAGAUAUUCAGGCAGGGUUAGGUUUAGGGUUAAGAAGAAAUUUCCCCUGUGGGCAGAUUAUCCCAUAACUGUCCAGUGGGAGGAGUUCUUGUACUUUCCUCUGACACGAUGAUUACUGGGAUCCUAGAAUCACAGGGUUAGGAGGGACGGCAAGAGAUUGCGGACACUAGCCUGGGAUGGAUUCCUACGUUUCCGUCCAAUUUUCAGCCAGGGAAAUGACCCUGAACUUCGUGUACAGCUUCCUUUGAGUUAAGGACUUGACUAAUUUUUACUAGUACUGUUUUUUUUUCACCUCUUGGUACCAUGAACUUAAACUGCACAGCCGGCAGAAGGCGCGAAUUCCUAGAUGGUACAUUUUAGAAAAUGAUUUUACAGUAACUUGAACAAACUCCCAAGAUUACAAACAAAUCCCGUGUUUCACACGGGACUGGGCCUUUUCGGUUCCUUAGCCAUUUCAAAAGUCAGACGAGGCAGCAUUUUGGAUUGGGCGUGAAAUGAAAUAUUUCAAAACUACAAGCAAAUCGAAAUAUUGGCAAACAAAUUUCAUGGGGGUGGGGGUGUGACUGAAACAUUUCAUUUCAACCAAAUUGAAACAUUUUGUUUGGGUUUUAAAACUUUUGGGGACAUUGUUAAGGAAAUUACAGGAAACUUGGAUGCAAAAGGAUAUUUCAAAACAACAACAGAAAGAAACAUUUUGUUCCGUUGCGUGACUGCAGCAUGAAACAAAGCUUGGAGAGUGAGCUGCCUGGGAUAAAUAGACUCCUACCCCGGUGGAAACCUGGCUGCGGGCGAGAAGGAGGCGAUGCUGCCAGCGUGGGCUUGCUUUGCUUUUCCAAUCUAUCCUAAGGGACCCUCCAUGCUGUAUUCUGGUCCCGGCUUGUUCUGCAAAGGCUGCGCUGUGUCCCUGCAAAACGUCGGCUGCUUGUAUGCCUCCCAAGAGAGGUAAGUUUCCAGCAGGAGGUUCAUGCAUUUUUCGGAGCCACCGUGAGAAACAGGAACGCUAAAGCCAGAGACCCAGUCUCGGAGGAGUCGGCGCGGCCCUUUGCAAAAAGUGGAGGCCUAAGGACCUAGCACUGAAGGAAUAAAUUGCCAGAGAGACUGUGUAAAGCCAGGCCAUGCCGCCCGGCGGAGAGGAACUGAGCCUUUCCACUGACCCCAGCAGCUCAACUGGAUCCCAAGUGGAGCUGCACAGAGCUUCUUCCUGCUCGCCUGCUGCCUGGCUUGGGGUGUGCGUGUCAAUCACACACCAGCUGUAGCUGGCUCGUUGGGAGCUCAAGAGCUGGGGCCGGGCCCCUGCACAUUUCACCGAGGGCCUCAUCCUUUGCCGAUAACCAGCCAUGCCCGGCCGGGCGCUCUGUCUCGUGUGCAGUUUGGUGAUGCCCGCCACCUUCCUGUGCGCAGACCUGCUUCCCAGGGUCACCUUCCCAAGAGGAGACCCCCGGAGGACCCUAACCAGCUUCAGCCAGGAUGGAACCUUCCACUAUGAUACUUUCCUCUUGAGCGAAGAUGAAGGCACUCUGUAUGUGGGAGCUCGAGAUACCAUCCUCUCACUCCGGGUAGACAGUGCUGGGUCCAUGGAGCUGAUGGGUUCAAUAGUGUGGCAACCCGUGCCUGAAAAAAAGCAAGAGUGUGUCUUUAAGAAGAAAAGCAAUCUGACAGAGUGCUUCAACUUCAUCCGUGUCCUAGUGCCAGUGAAUCAGACUCACCUGUACACCUGUGGGACCUAUGCCUUCAGCCCCACCUGCUCUUACAUUAAUCUGGAGAAUUUCAGCUUGGUUUCUGUCAGCCAAGGGCAGCCCCUCCUCCAGGAUGGGAAGGGACAGUGCCCCUUCGAUCCCAGCCACAAGUGUACGGCCAUCCUGGUGGGAGGUGAGCUCUACACGGGGACCAUGAACAACUUCCAAGGCAACGAGCCCAUAAUCUCCCGCACCCUGGGCAGCAGGACCUUGCUGAAGACCGAUGCCUUCCUCAGGUGGCUGAAUGUCGACGCGGGCUUCGUGGCCUCCGCCAACAUCCCUGGAGACGAGAAGGUCUAUUUCUUCUUCGAGGAGACGGCCGAGGAGUUUGAUUUCUUUGAGAAGCUCAUGGUCUCCCGAGUAGCUCGUGUGUGCAAGAAUGACGUUGGAGGAGAGAAGGUGCUGCAGAAGAAAUGGACCACGUUCCUGAAAGCCCAGUUGACGUGCUUCCAGCCAGGACACUUCCCUUUCAACGUGAUCCAGCACUCCUUUGUCCUACCCCAGCCAGGAGGGGGCGCCGUCUUCUAUGGAGUCUUCACUUCACAAUGGCAGAUGGGAGACGCAGGCAGCACGGCGGUGUGCGCUUUCAACCUGGAGGACAUCGAAAGAGUCUUCAACGGCAAAUACAAGGAGCUGAACAAGGAGAGCUCCCGGUGGAUGACAUACAGCGAUGAGGUCCCUGAGCCACGCCCUGGCAGCUGCUCAGUGCGCCCAUCGGCAGACAAAGUCCUGACCUUCAUGAAAAACCACUUCCUGAUGGAUGGGAAGGUUGUGCCCAGGAACAAGCAGCCGGUGCUGGUGAAGCAGAACGUGAAAUAUACGCGGAUCGCAGUCGAUCAGACCCACAGUGUCUCGGGCACCUCCUAUGAGGUGAUGUUCCUGGGAACAGAUCAAGGAUUCCUGCACAAAGCAGUGGCUCUGGCCAGUGGUGCUCAUAUCAUUGAGGAAAUCCAGCUGUUUAAGGACCCAGAGCCUGUUCAGAACCUUCUGUUCUCAUCUGGGAAGGGGAUCCUGUAUGUGGGGUACUCCAAGGGGGUCCUGCAGGUGCCGCUGGCCAACUGCAGCGUGUACAGGAGCUGCGCUGACUGUGUCCUCGCCCGAGACCCCUACUGUGCCUGGGAUGGGCGCAGCCAGUCGUGCCAGGGGGCCCGAGCCACAAACAAAAACACGAGCAACUGGCUGCAGGACAUCGAGACGGGUAAGCCGGGAGCUAUGUGCCAGCAGAUCAGUGGGAAAGGCAGGGCCACGCCCAGGUCUCAGGACAACUCGGGCAGCAGCCUGGUAAAAACUUUGAGCCCAGUCCUGAACUCCGUGAUCCGGCUGCCAUGCCCACAGCUCUCCGCUCUGGCCAAUUACAACUGGAGCUACCCAAGGCCGAAGACCCCGGCGGGGCUGACGGUGUUGGACGAUAAGACGCUGGUGAUCAUCAUGCAGCGCCAGGCGGCGGGCGAGUACACGUGCUGGGCCAGCGAGAACGGGCACCAACAACCGGUGGCCCGCUAUGUGGUGCAGGACCCCACGGGGGGUGACGACUACCCCAACAUCCUGAGUGAGAGCGGAGGGGACAGCAUGGUCGGGGAAGGGCUGGAGCAGGGGGCAGGCCCACAGGGCGGACACCGCUCCUACUGGGCGCAGUUUGUGACAGUGACGGUGCUGCUGUUGGUGACGCUGGCCGUAGCAAUGGCCGUGGCUGCCUUCUCCUACCACAGCAAGCUCAAGGCCAAGAGCAAGGUGCAGGGUUGCAGCACCCCCGAAGCCACCAAGGUGUCCAAUCAGGAGAAGGUGCCACUGAACGGAGGCCAGAGCCCACAGCUACAAGGGCCCUUCCAGGAGGGGGCCAAGGACCCCAGGGACUGCUGUGUUCAGAUGCAGGGGUUGUACCAGAGCAUAGACGCAGACAACAACAGGUUAAACGCCAGCCUGGGGGCCAGGCAGGGCUUCCAAGGGGUGGCUCUGGAGAAAGCUUAAGCUGGCCGUGCCUGCCCCGACCUGCCUUUCGUCUCGAAAUCAGCCGUGUGUCGUGGUAACGAGCAGCCCUGCGAUUACAAACCAGUGUGCGUGUGGCUCACCGCUUGGGAGCAACCCUACAAUAACAAACCGGUCUGCGUCCAGCCCCCAAAUUCAUAACAAACAUUGUAUCAGCUGGUUAGACCUUCCACACGGCGCGCGCGCCCAGAAACUGCACCUGCUCCUCGUCCAUGUGCCAGCUGCUGCCGCCCACCCAUGUGUGGGUCGCUCCACCACUGAAGAGUGAUGGGCCCAGCCUGCCUCACUGCGCUUCUGGGCAUCACCAGCAGCCAAGUCGUGGGAGGGGCGUUAAAAAAAACAAAACAAAAACAAACCCCUUCCACUUUUGGGUUUCCGCACCAACCAAGAGACAAACACGGAGCCCAUCUGGGGCUCUAGAUGACCGGGUUCAAUGGAGCUGGCGGGCAGAGCAGCGCUGAGGAGAGUGUGAGCCCUUCCUGGCUAGGGCCCCCUGCGUGUUCAAGCAGGGAGCAACCCCGCGUUGGGAUCUGAAUGUGCCCAGUGUUGCUGUGUCUACGUAGCUGCUGCUUCCCAGGCUGGUGCCCCCCACAAUUGGUGACAUCCCUGCACUGGCCUGGACUAGCUGGGAGCUGCCACGUCCCCUCCGCGAGUGCUGUGAACAAAGGCCAAUAAGCGAUGCGACCGCUGCACGUUACCUAGUGUGCCCCUGGCCAGCUCAGUCCUCCCCUGUGUGGGAUGCAGAUGGUGCCAGUGGAUGGCUGGGUGUAGCUCUGCCGGGGCCCAAUCCGGUUCCUUACAACUCUGAAUAUGGGGUCUAAUGUUCUGCCUUUGAGCGCAGGGUCAGCAGUUCAAAUCCAGCCCCAGCUGGCAAUGAUCAGACAGCUGAUCCUCGUCGGCCUGCGUGCAAUGAGCAGCUGGGCUCCCAGUCUAGUUCCUGCUUGGCCAGAGGUCUGGAUCACAACAGCCAAUGCUAACUGGACCCCGCAAUGGGGAGACCGGAGAUGGCCCACAUCACGGAGACUGCGCUCUGCUCUGGAGGGUGUCCUUCCAUCAGAGGGCAUUGAACUGUCACUCCCUGCUGUGUGUGGGUAGACAGCUUUAGGGCCUGAUUCUCAUUUACACUAAGGCCUCUUUACACCACUCUGGUCUGGUAAAGGAGGCAUAAAUUAUAGCCACAUCCCCUCUGCACUGCCGGAGGGGUAUAAGGGGCCUUUUAGUGUAAGUGAGAACCAAGCUGAGUUCCUGGGGUUUUGGAGCCAACAGCCGGAAAAAUCUGCUUUGGGGGAGGGGAGGGGACUUGCAAGGGGCUUUGGGGAUGGGGAGGAGGCAGAGGUUGUGACUGAAUAUGAAGUUCUUGUUUUUUUAAUUUAAUGUUUUUAGAUUUAAGUUAAACUUUUCCCAGUAGCAGCGACAAGCGAUCGAACCCUUUGUUUCACCACCUCUGCCAGUUGCGGAAGAAACGCGGCUACCGAAACCAGCUCUGAGCCCAGCAGCUGGCCGAUAGCCACACUGACAAUGCCCAGUGACUGGAUUCGGAGCCAGGAGUGCAAACCUGGUGCGGUUUUUGCACAAACCACUUGGUUGCACCGGGGGCUAAACACAGCCAGGCAAGUGGAUUUCCCUGGGAUUUCUCCCUGUCCAAUGGGAUCAGUUUGCUUGUUUCUAAAACCCUUCUUCAACCGCAUCAGUAUUAUUUUGUGACGGAUAAAUUAAUCCCAUGUAUUGCUGGUCUGUUGCAGCUCUGACACUGCUAUUAUGCUUCAGUGAAAUCAAUGCAACACGGGAUGGGUUCACUUGUUACAUUUUCCAGCAGCAGGGGCAGGUUCUACCAGGGUGUCCUUCGAAAAUCCAGGCUUCUUUCUCAGUUACACUCACACCUAUUAAUCCUGCUCUGUGCAAAACUGGCUUCUAAGGCAUUGUGAGCCUGAUUCUCAUUUACAUCCAGGUCCUUUUACCCUGCUCUGGCAAGGUAGAUGAGAACCAGGCCCUGGAGAUUUCAAACGCUGGGGCAGUUGCAUGGUUGCAAAUUAUGGCUUCAAGUGGCAACGCCUGUUAGACCGGGGUUCCAACAGUGCAACUACGCUGAUGCUUGUAACCGGAGCAGAUCCCCAGCUUAUUGUACAAUAGCCGCCUGAUCUGAUGUAAGAGCAUUGCCUGAGCUCUGUGACAGACUCAACACCCUUACACAAAACCAUCCAAGCAAAACUCUUCCCUGGAACCUUGCCCUCUUUCAUUCUGUUCAUUGGAUAAAAAUGGGUGUAUCUACAUGGAGGUUGCAAUGUGACUGUGAAAUCCUGCUGGAGAGAAGGCCAGGGAGUUUUUACCUUGAUGUGGCUAGUCAAGGUGAACUCCAGGAGGGGCAGGGUUCACUUGGACAAGCCACACUGAGGUAACAGCUACCUGGGCCUCGUCGGCAUGUGGAUUUUACGCUGAGGUACGCAGGCCUUUCUGCAGUGAAGACCUAGCCUGUGUGUGCAACUCCUGCUCUCAUUCUUGUGCCAUCUACUGCUCUGUAACAGUGACUAGAUUCUUCGACCAAGUGCCUGAGCUUUUACAGUCAGGACAAAGCCCAUUCUGUCUGUCUGUGUCGCUGAUCACCGGGGUCUGUGCCAUGUUGUUCGGACUGCAGUGGCAAGCACAGCUUUCGGGCCUGAUCCUCCGCUGGUGUCAAUCAGCAUAGCACUUUGGGCUCAAUGCUGAUCUAUACCCGCUGGGGAUCAGGCACUAUUAACUUCAGUGAAGCUGGACCAGUUUACACCUGCUUGGGAUCUGGCCCCAUUAACUUCAGUGCAGAAGGGUCACAUUACACCAGCUGGGGAUCUGACCCUUCAUUGCUUGUUUUAUGAUGUUUAACCUUUUUUUUUUUUUUAAAAAGAUGUACAUCUUCCUGCUCUUGAUACAUAUUAUUUUUUAUUAAAAAGAGAAUGUCACACUC